AUGGUUUCAUUCAUGGAUAUUACAUUUUUAGGCACAGGCAGUGCUCAACCUAGUGCUACUCGAAACCACCAGUCCAUGGCAUUAAGAAUAGACGGUGAUAUCUGGUUAUUUGAUUGUGGAGAAGCAACACAACAUCAAUUUCAAAAGAGUCAGUUAAAAAUGGGCAGGAUCACGCGUAUCUUUAUCACACAUAUGCAUGGCGACCAUUGCUUUGGGCUUGGACCAUUACUCUGCAGUAUGACAGACAACUUGAAUCCUCAGAACACAACCCAAUCCGAAUCCCAGCUGCCGAUCGAUAUUUAUGGACCUACACCUUUACGAUCGUGGCUUCGAACCACACUCAAAUUAACCUAUUCUCAUCUCGGCCGUCCUUAUCGUGUUCACGAACUGCUUUGCGAUACCGAUCCCGAGGAUCUCAACCAGGAUCUCCAUCACAACGAACUGCCAGGAGAAAAUGUACGUAUCGAGAACAAUGCAUUUACACUACCGUUGUAUGCAUCAGGCAAAAAAGGGUAUCAAGUCCAAGCUGCGUAUAUUGAGCACUCUAUUCCUUCAUUGGGUUAUGUGAUUCGAGAACCACCUUCGUCAGGCAAAUUGGAUGGCUUGAUCCCUUUGAUCAAGAAACAUACCAAGGCAUUACAAGCGCAAGGCAUGAAAAAUCCCAUGACACUGUUGGGCCAGAUUCAGCGAACACAAGAGCCUUAUACGUUGCCUGAUGGAGAUGUACUUGUACCUCCUCCACAACGUCCUGGUCGUGAAAUCGUAAUUUUGGGAGACACCAGAGAUCCAUCGUCCAUCUUGCCUUUAACCAACACACCUACUUUGCUUGUGCAUGAAGCUACAAAUGCACUUACUAGACUCGAUACACUAGACGCAAAGACAAUGGUGACAUUCGAACAAGUAGAAGAACGAACCAAAAACCAUGGCCAUUCAACACCACAAAUGGCAGCUGCCUUUGCAAAGAAAAUCAAGUGUAAAAAAUUGAUCUUGACUCACUUCAGUGCUCGUUAUCGUGGUGAUGAAGAUCCUGAGGCUUUGGAAGUGAUGGAGGAAGUCCGUUCUUUAGCCAUUGAUGUAUUAGAUCAACGAAAAGAGGAUGUGCUUUGUGCUCGAGAUUUAUGGUCUUUUGAGAUCAAGAUGACAUAG